GUGAAUCCCCCCGGUGCCAAUUUUGGCUCAAGGGUGGGGCUUCAAUCGGACCACAGAGCCUUCACCCGAGUGACCUCUUGGUGGCGAGCCCUCUACCAGCCCGGCAACUGGGAGAGGCUGGUGCACAAGGCGAUCUAUUUCGUGGGGCGCCGGAGGAGGAUCUCGUUGGCCUUCGGCGGCAUGGAUCCGACGGACGCUGAGCUGGAACAAAUAGCGUCAGUACAAGACGCCCUUGAUUGGGCUGGAGUCGCUGGCGACCUUCAGCAGCAACUUUUGGAUGCAAUGGGAGGAGUGCAACGCGUACGUGAAGUGCCGCUCAUCCACCGACAGGCUUGGGACGAGGCAGUGGCGAGGCUGGUGGUCCCGGAAGCUAUAGACCCAGCCAUUGGAGGGCCACCCAAUGUCAGGCCUCUCAACCCGGUCGAGGGUGCCAGAGUCGAAUCCUUCAGGAGGGUGUGUCACCUGAGGAUUGGCCGUACCCCGGAUGAGAGAGGGGGUGGGCCAGUGCCCCUACCCAUGCCUCUUGGCGCUCCAUUUCCUCCAGCGGGUGGCAACGCCCAUCCAGGGGGAGGAGCCCAAGCUGGCAACCCUCCAAUGACCAGGAAGCUCAAGCUUUCAGCGGCCCUGGACCCCACACUAGACGCGGGCAUACAGCCGUUGUCCACAGUUGAGCAGGCCCAGAUGUAUCAGUCCUACAAGGACAAGUUCGGCGACUACCCCAACGCUGACUGUGAUCCUAGCGGUGAUCAAGUGGCUGCACUUCGUCAAGUACUUGCUGCUGGAGCAGUUCCGUUUACGUGCUUCACGGUCUUCGGACCACACGGACAACGGAUGCUCCGUAAACAGACGUUCACGGGGUACCAGCUCAAUGUGGCCACUGGAGAGUGGAGCAAACGUGAGCUCCCGGGUCCCAGCUCGUACCAUGCCUGGUACCAAUGCUGGCGGGUCUUCAGGACGGCCAUGCUCCUGCUCGGGGCGUGUGAUGCAGAGAGGUUGGACUCCUAUGCAGAAACCAUCCGGGGCUUCGUCACACAGUUUGGAGACGAGACGUGGUUCCUCAUCUCGAAGGCCGACUCCCAGAUGCGGUCAGAGCACCUGGAGCGCAUACGGCGCCAAUUGAGAAGCACCCCGGCCAUGGGGUUCACAGAGGCGUCACCCUGGUCAGCAUGCUUCGGAAUGGCGUGCAAAGACCACGAAUAUUGGGCCCGUGAGCUGCACACCCCAGCGACGCUCUUCUUGGCGCGCCACAAGCGGGAACCCGUACAGGGCCAGACGGAGGGUCCAACUGGGUCACCUACGAAAAGGACAAAGACGACCAAGGCAGCUCGCAGAGGAUACACGGGCAUGGACCACUCCAAGAAGGACGACACGGGGAUCUACACCAUCAACCGGAGGGGUGUCGAGAUCUGCAAGAACUACAACCAGAACAAGUGCGGCUCAACGGCAGCACAGGGGAAGUGCAAAGCGAAGAGGGCACAUCAGUGCAACCUGGCAUCCGGUGCCGCCCCUGCGCAAGCCCCGACACAAGAGGCACCACGACAGAGUGAAGCAGCAGGAAAGGGAGCCAAAAGGCCGAAGUCACCAACACUUCCGCCGACUCAGGAACAGCUCCUGGCUAUCCAGAAGCACAGAAGACCAUCGCCAGCUGACCCACAAGACGCUCCAAAGAAGGCCGAGCAGGGGGAUGCGGAACCUCAGCAACCUCACAAGCGGCAAAGAGUUGAAGAGGAGAGCAACAAGCAGUCUCUACCAGCCUCGACGCCGACGAUGGGAAUCAGGCAGGACCCAUGCCCGCCUCGGCAGUAUGGCUACUGGAUGCAUGGCCCUGGAGAUGCCCGGCUCAAGCCUUGGGCGCUCAUCCUUUUCUCCGGCCGCAGCAGGGAGGGCGAUCUACAACAUGCCCUGUGCAAUCUGGGAUGGAGGGUGUGCGCAAUAGAUGUGGUGGCACCUCGCCCUACCAACAUCUUGUGUGAAGCCACCUGGGAAUCCGUCCGGACAGACCUGGUGUCGGGCAAGUUCGAUGCCCUUAUGAUAGCCACGCCAUGCGAGACGUUCUCACCGCUGCGGGAGAAGCAACCUGGCCCCAGAGUUCUGAGGACUCUGGAGCACAUCCAAGGGCUUCCCAAAGCGGGUCUCACGCUGGCUGAACAGAAACAGGUGAAAGAAGCCAACGUCUUAGUCAGCAGGUCGGCAUCUGCAGCUUCGGCGCAAUCCGUGAACGACAAGCCCUGGUGCCUGGAAAAUCCAGAUCAUGGCGACGACCGGCCCAGCCUAUGGGUGAUGCCAGCGAUCAAGAGACUCCUCGAGGAUAAGGCCGACUCCAACACCUACUUUGAUCAAUGCAAAACUGGGUUGGCCACGAGGAAGCCGACAAGGUUGGCAUCGAGGGGAAUCGACCUGGCAAAGCUCAGGGACCUUAGGUGUGACCACUCUCCGCAACAACAAACGCGGGGAGACGGCUCGGUGUACCAGGCACCGCACCCGUCCACGGUCCAGCAAUGGGUGGUCAACAGCCAAGGACGAAGAGAGCGGGCAUCCAAAGCCCAGGGAGAGUACACUGCAGAGCUCUCCAACAUCCUGGCCCAGGCGUUUCAUGCCACGCAAACAGGGGCCACCUGGCUGAGGGAGGAGAAGGCACAGGAGCUAUGGCCUGCGCUGAGAGAACCGGCGGCAGCCAUUCUUGACGGAGGCACGCCCAAAGACUACGACACUGUGUUGGUGGACAAGCUCAGAGACAUCAUCCUGAACACCCUCUGGAACGUGAAGCCCAGAGGACCGAGGUCUGCGAGGGCAUCAACACCUAUCAGGGCAGACGUGGUAGCGGGAUGGAAGGCCGACCCGGACUCUGCUCUCCUGGCAUCUUGGCUGGACCACGGCGCACCCAUGGGAUUCCAGCAACAGGUGGUGUCCACUGGCAUCUUCCCGGAGGUUACCAAGCAGAUGGGUGAGGUGGAAGCCGAACACAUGGGCAUAGAAUCCCUGGAAGGCUGGACGAACUACGCGUCGGCAGAGCAGGAGAACAACGAGCUGCAACUACUCAUUGACGACUACGUCAAUCGGGGAUUCUGCCACUUGUCACCCUCCAUCAAGCAUGCCGAAGAGGAACUGGGCAGGCAACCCAUCAUCAACAAGCUGGGUGUGUUGGUAAAGGAAAAGGUCGACGCUGGCAAGACCACAAAGAAGGCGAGGAUCAUCUGGGACCUCAAGAGGUCCGGAGCGAACCAGUCAUGCCACCAAGGCGAGCGGGUGCUCCUGCCACGCCUGCUAGACUUGGUUGCAGGGAUUCUGGAAGGCUACCGCCGAGACCCAAGAGGUUGGAUUGCAGCAGUUGACAUCAGGGACGCUUUCAUGAACAUACCGGUCAUGGAAGACCGAUAUGCGCUGGUGGCGGCCAAGCCCAAGAAGAAGGCCGACGAUGACAUGGAGCUGGUAAUCUUCGACGCCUUGGUGUUUGGGGCGGCCAGCUCUCCGACAGUAUGGGGGAGAUUUGCGGCAUUCCUCGCAAGAACCAUCGUCGCGGUGGAGCCGGAAGUCACCUGCCAACUCUACGUGGACGACCCGGCAAUAGCAAUGUCUGGGUCGAGAGAGGACGCCAUCACUCAGCUGACGUCAGUUCUCCUGUGGGUCAACAUUUUGGGCUACCCCAUCAAGAUGUCCAAAUCGACAGGAGGAAAAUCAGUCAACUGGAUUGGGGCGGUCGUGACGCUCCUGGACGAAGAAGCGGCGGUGGAAGUUACCAUAGCCCAGCACAAGGUGGACAAGCUGGUGGAAGUCACGGACAAGUUUCUAGCCAGGCCGGUUGUUGGUGUGAAAGAGCUGAGGUCCUAUGUGGGCGCCUUGUCCUUCAUCGCGGGGCUCAUUCCACACCUGAGGCCUUUCCUUUCUUCGCUGUGGGCGGUCUUGCCCUUCGGCCGUAGUAUGGCUGAUGACGGAGCCCCGACAAAGGGCAUUUCCGGAAGGCUGGUACACGUCCGAAGGAUAAGACCAGCCUUGGGUUGGAUCAGGGCCUUGCUGAUGGGUAAAGGAGCCCCGCUGCGAAGACAGCUGAAGGCAUUCCUACCCGAAAUUCAAAUCAACAUCACUACAGACGCUUGCCCAUUUGGCAUCGGGGGCACGCUUCGGGUGUCGGGAGAGCUCGUAGAAGCGUUCUCCGCGGACCUACCUGAGUUUGAGCUCCUGAAGUUUAAAGCCAGACGCGGCGAGUCCAAAUUCACCACGCUGUGGGAGGCGUUGGCCUUGCUUGUGGCCUGUCGCCUGUGGCUACCCAGGUUUGAAGGGAAAGCCAGAGUUCAUUGUAAGAGCGACAGUUUAGCGCUGCUGCUCUCACUAGUGAAGGGACGGGCAAAGGCACCAGACCUAGCCGUCGUCUCCCGCGAGUUUUCCAUCGAUAUGGCCAGGGACAAGUACAGGCUGCACCUCUUGACACACAUACCAGGCAUCACCAACAUUGAAGCAGAUGCCCUGUCAAGGGUGUACGCACCAAACCCUCCGGUUUUACCAAAGUCUUUGGAGGGAGUCCCAAGGGCCGAAGUCCGCCUAGGCUCAAAGAGGACGGCUCCUCCGGACCUCCCGGUGCUGGGCGCCCAUGAUAGGAAGAAGGGACCAUUCCAGCCACUGCGGGAGGGAUUUGCCAUUCCCACACGGGACGCCCAACCUUCCGCCAAGGUGGAGGAGCGUCCUUCGUCGGGAGGCGGUCCCAAACCGUACGGCCGGGGUUCCGCCGAGACUGCGCUAGCGUGCAUAACGGACCCUCGGUCCUGCAGCAGUGCGCUCAGGGCAGACAUUAGCGCUGCAACCACCAAGGGGCCCACGGCCUCCAGAAAGCAACUCUGGGCAGCCUUGGCUACAAAAGCCGGCUACGAGGACCCAUUCUACCUUGAGCCGGACCGCAUCUUCGAGGUGAUGGGUGCCCUCAAACUUGCUGGGUUCCGUUCUGCGCAGCUGUACCUGGACACGGCCAAGUCCCAGCACAUCGCGGCCGGGUACGGCUGGACAUCCCAGCUGCAGCAGGCCUACAGAGCCGCAGUGCGUAGCUGCAAUCGUAACCUGGGUAACCCUAAGCAAGCUGCUCCGUUACCCCUGGCAGAGUUAGCAAGCCUACAGGGUGAAGAGCCACUUGCCCGCUCUGGACCCAAGUGGCCCGCGCGCUCAGCUCUGUUGGCAUCCUGGUGGCUCCUCCGGGAGAUUGAGGCGUCGAACUCCAUCCGGGGCCACAUCACGGUUCACGAGGAGGACAAGAAGAUCGACUGGCGCCUUCCCAACUCCAAAACCGAUUGGAGAGCGUUGGGAGCCACCCGGAGCCACACCUGCUCUUGUGAGCUCGCUCCGGUUGCACAGUGUCCCUACCACAACAUGGUGGACCAUUUGGCCAGGCUGGGCAAGGACCCGUCCACACCGAUUUUCCCAGCCGCCGAUGGAAAUCCCGCGUCUAAAACCGGGUGGGCUGACACAUUUGAGGAGCUGGGCAAGAUCCUCAAGCUGCCAUGCACCUACCCCAAUGGGGCCAGAUGCUUCACAGGGCACACAGCUCGAGCAUCUGGAGCAGUACACCUGGCAGCAAGUCAGGUAGAACUUUGGAGAAUCCAGCUGUUUGGGCGCUGGGGCAGCCAAGUCUUCCUGCAGUACAUCAGAGAUGCACCUCUGAAACAGCUGGACAAGUUAGCAUUGGAGACAUCGGUUCACUUGUCGCUGUCUACGGCAAAGGCUCAGCUCCAGGACUUGAUGCGCAGGGCACAAACGGGGUUGGCAACAACGCUGGCAUGCCCGACCCCGGACAUGCUAGGGGACUGCGAAGCAUCAAUUGGGGACUUGGAGCCUCCCAAGAUCACGGACCCCAUCGUCAUCAACCUCAACGGAGGUCGCUUGCAGGAAGUGUUUCCCGGAGCUGAAGAGCCAAGCAGCGUCAUCUUCAUCGGGGUCCUCCUCUUCUUCUUCGAA